AUGGGAUUUGAAAAAUGUGACUAUGAACACACUCUAUUCAUCAAAACAGACCAAAGAGGCAAGAUCUUAAUUGUCAGCGUGUAUGUUGAUGAUCUCAUGUAUACUGGUACUGAUCCUUUGAUGUUCACUUCUUUUGUGAGCUCUAUGAAGCAAAAAUUUGAUAUGACAGACCUCGGUAAUAUACGAUAUUUUCUUGGUCUUGAAGUUCUACAAUUUCCCAACAAUAUUUUUAUAUCUCAAAGGAAAUAUGCUUUAGAGGUAGUAAAACGCUUUGGCAUGAAUGACUCUAAUUCUGUGAAAAAUCCUAUAGUACCAGGAGUCAAGAUCUCAAAGGACAUUGGCAGCGAUGAGAGGGUGGACAAGUCUCACUAUGAGCAACUUGUUGGAAGUCUCAUGUAUCUAACAACUGCUACACGGCUAAAUUUGUCAUAUGUUGUCGGUCUCUUUAGCCGUUACAUGGAGAAUCCUUCAGUGAAACACAAGUUGGUAGCAAAACGGGUACUGCGCUAUUUGAAGGGCACUGCUCAUUUUGGAAUUCGUUACAAGAAGGGUAAAGUAAAUGAGCUUAUAGCAUACACGGACAGCAAUUAUGCAGGUGACAUAGAUGAUCGGAAAAGCACUUCUGGCUAUGUCUUCAUGUUUAGCUCUGGAGCAGUCUCGUGGAGUUCAAAGAAACAACCAGUGGUUAGCUUAUCCACCACAGAAGCUGAAUUCAUAGCUGCCGCCGCUUAUUUGCAUGGUCGUAGUAAACAUAUUAAUGUUAGAUUUCACUUUCUUCGUGAGAUGUCGAAAGAUGGAAUUAUAAAUUUGGUUUACUGUGCUAGUCAAGAACAAUUAGCUGAUCUUAUGACAAAACCAUUGAAGCUGGGAACAUUCUUAGAGUUGCGAAAGAGUCUUGGUGUUUGUUCUGAACUUGAGGUAAACUGCAAAUCAGAAGAUAAAAUGAGAAGUUGCAGUUUAAGGGAGGAUGUUGAGGAUACCAAUUAG